CCCCGCCCCCGACCGGGUUCUCCUCGAGCCCCGCCCCUCAGCGGCCUAGUCACUUUCCGCUCUCGCGAUAGUACGACCCGGAAGUCUCACUGCGUCCACGUGGGGGCUGUCCUCCGGCUGGCGGUGCUAGUCCCGCCCGCGGGAGCCGAGCGGGCUCCGGGAGCCAUGGGGAAGCUGCGCAGGCGAUACAACGUCAAGGGGCGCCUGCAGGCGGGCCCCGGCCCCUCCAAGGGCCCCCCUGAGCCGCCCCCCGUGCGGCUGGAGCUGGAGGACAAGGACACCUUGAAAGGCGUCGAUGCCAGCAACGCGCUGGUCCUGCCGGGGAAGAAAAAAAAGAAGGCCAAAGCCCCUCCCCCAUCGAAGAAGGAGAAGAAGCCACUGACCAAGAAGGAGAGGAAGGUGCUGCAGAGAAUCCUAGACCAGAAGGAGAAGAAGAGCCAGAGAGCGGAGCUGCUACAGAAAUUGAGUGAAGUUCAGGUUUCUGAGGCCGAGAUGAGACUCCUGUACACCACAUCCAAGCUGGGCACCGGGGAUCGCAUGUACCACAGCAAAGAGAAGCCUGAUGAGUUGGCAGCCCGGGGCCAGGAGAAGGUGAGCAGCCUCAGCGGGGCCCACCGGAAGCGCCGCCGGCCAUCCACGGAGGAGGAGUUCGAGUCCUCAGAGGAGUCAGAGCCCGAGCAGGCCCCAGCCACCGAGCAGGCUGAGGCCGGUGCAGGGACCGCAGUGGCAGGUCUGCCACCAGCUCCCGCUCCCGACAGUCAGCCCAGGCCGCCCGAGACUCCCGUGCCCCCUCCGGUGGCGGCCCCCACCCCAGCCCGGCCCCCGGCCAAGCCCGCCGUGUUCGUCCCUGUGAACCGCUCUCCCGAGAUGCAG